AUGGCGUCUGCUGAUGUGAAAGACGAGCUGCUCUGCUCCAUCUGUUUAUGUAUUUUUAAGGAUCCUGUAAUGCUGAGAUGUGGACACAACUUCUGCCGAGUCUGUAUUGAUCGUGUACUGGAUACACAGGACGAGUCUGGGGUUUAUACCUGUCCUGAAUGUAGAGAAGAGUUUCAGGAGCGGCCUGCACUGAUGAAGAACAUAAAUCUUCAUAAUGUAGCUGAACAUUUCCUGUUUACUCAGCCAGAUCCAGUGGAGAUCAGCGGGAUCUUGUGCACUUACUGUGUGGACUCUCCUGUACCUGCUGUUAAAUCCUGUCUACACUGUGAGGCUUCUCUGUGUGAGAAACACCUGAGAGUUCACAGCAAGUCAUCAGAACACGUCUUAUCUGACCCCAGCACUUCCCUGGAGAACAGGAAAUGUUCUGUCCAUAAGGAGGUCUUAAAGUAUUACUGCACCGAGGACUCUGCUUGUAUCUGUGUGUCCUGCAGUUUGGCUGGAGAACAUCAGGGACAUCGGGUGGAGAUGCUGGAUGAGGCCUCUGAGAAGAAGAAAGGGAAACUGAGAAAUAUUCUCCAGAAACUGUCCACAAAGCGAGAGGAGACUGAGGAAAGAGUCCAGAACCUGGAGGAACGCUGGAGAAAAGCUCAAGGAAAAGCAUCUGGAGAAGCAGAGAGAGUCACUGCCCUGUUUACAGAUAUCAGGAGACGACUGGACGACCUGGAGAAGAGGGUCCUGAACGAGAUCUCCAGGCAGGAAAUGGAAGAAUCUCUUUCAUUCUCUUCUCUGAUCCAGAAGCUGGAAAUAAAGAAGGACGAGCUGUCCGGGAGGAUGAGACACAUUGAGGAGAUAUGUAACAUGACUGAUCCACUGACUGUCUUACAGGAACCAGAUACAGGAGACUUGUGUGAUCCUGAGGAGGAAGGAGGUGAUGAAGACAUAAAUAGAUGUCUCCAUGAUGUAGAUGAUCUGGAUGUGGCUGUGAUCUCAGACAAAUUACAUACAUUAUGUGACAUAAUAACAGAUAUAAGGAGAGGGAUCUAUAUGGAGGGUCCUGGAGACAUAUUACUGGAUGUAAACACAGCUGCUAAUAAUGUCCUUAUAUCAGACGACCUGAAAACUGCAACCGGGACACAAAAUAAUCAGAAACGUCCAGGAAGAGCAGAGAGAUUCCAGGAUUAUCAGGUGAUGAGCAGCAGGGGAUUUACCUCAGGGCGACAUUACUGGGAUGUGGAGAGCAGUAGAUCAGGGGAUUGGAUGGUGGGGAUGUGUUAUCCCAGUAUAGACAGGAGAGGAGGUCAGUCAUACAUUGGAUAUAAUAACAAGUCCUGGAGUUUGUGGAGGUGUAGUAAUCAGUAUUCAGUGAUACAUGACGGUAAAGAGAUCCAGUUAUCUGACAAGAUCUCCAGUAAUAGAGUCAGGAUAUGUCUGGACUAUGAGGCCGGGCAGCUGUCCUUUUAUGAGCUGUGUGACCCCAUCAGACACUUACACACCUUCACUGCCGCCUUCACCGAGCCCCUUCAUGCUGCAUUAUAUCUAUGGAGAGGUUCUAUAAAGAUAUCAGGGGGGAGCAGAAACUGGGAGAAACCUUCAUAACCUAUGAAAUCUGCCCAGAGACUGGUGACAGUAAAGAGAUCCAGUUAUCUGACGAGAUCUCCAGUAAUAGAGUCAGGAUAUGUCUGGACUAUGAGGCCGGGCAGCUGUCCUUUUAUGAGCUGUGUGAC